UUUUUUUUUAAAUAAUUUUAAGGUUAUGGAUUUUGCAAAGAUUUGUUAAACGGGAAUUACGGAUCGCAGAAAUCACUAGUGUGUGCUGAAAUAGUGAAUUACAUGCUUGGAAUGAUUAAAUCAAACGUGAAAACGACAUUGCUGUCUAAAGCGACAUUGCUGUCUAAAGCGAAACUCCCAUGUAUGACGUCUGACAACAUACCAUUUUACGACAUCAUUUACCAAUUUGGGCGGGAAAUUUCUCCGACGACGUUCAGCAGCAAUAAUAAGCUCUGAAUAAUUUAUAGCACGGAAAACGACCGUGCUUUUGCUGUCAUGGUUUAUUUUCUUACAGACUCCGUAUUAGUCUUGUGAAUGAGAGACACUAUGAAAUUACUGAUCUAUGUUAGAUGCAUACACGGAUUGGCAUAAACCGUCUGCCGUUUUGGCUUUUAAAUAUUUGUUGACUUUGAGUGGAUACAUAUUUUCAAAUCAAAGGAGAUUACAACGUUCAUAGAUUGUUGGAAUAAAAUUUUGCUCAAACUUUUGCACAUUAUGAAGUCGGUCUAUGUAUAAUAAACGCACUUUGCUCAAUCAGUGAUUUUGACUAAAAUAAACCAGAUAACCAUCAUUUAAACAGCAAAAUAGUUUAAUAAUGAUGAACCCAUAGAUCGCGAAAUACAAUUUCAGUGAUGGAGAAGUCCAACUCUAAAUCAUCUUUCCUUUCGUUUUCUCCAUUCAAAUCCAACCUUAAAUCUUCCUCGGCAAAGGCGCGCUCCCUAUGCUGGCAAAAGUCAGUGAAAGAAGAAACCGCCAACUGGCGGACAGUGGAUCGCUCCUCCGAGGCAUCCCCCACACCGGAAGAGCUGCGGCGGGGCCGGAUUGGGCGGCGGAGGUGCUCGGCGCCUUGUGCCAUGCCGUUGGCGAUGGAAAUGCAGGCAAGGGGCGACCGGAAGCCUUCUCUAAAGUCCUUACAGAUGAUGAAACUUGGAAGCAGCGAGGUCCCAUCGCCCUCAAACUCCAUCUCAUCAGAGGACAACGAACUCACAGAAGAACAACGAAGAGAGUUACGCAAGGCCUUUCUGAUGUUCGAAAAGGGCGGGAAAAAUAAGAUGGCGGCGAGGGACCUGGGAGAAAUGUUGCGAUGCCUUGGUUGGAACCCCUCGGAGAGGGAACUCGAGGAGGUGAAACAUGAACUUGUCGUCAGCUCGCGAGGCUCUGUGACGUUUAUGGAGAUUGAGCGCUUCAUGGCCAAACGUGGCGGCAUUUUCUACGGCUGUCGUGACAAAGAGGACAUCCAAGAUGCAUUUAAGGUACUUGAUGGUGAUGGCGACGGGAAGAUCUCUGUCGGUGACUUCCGGUACUUUAUGACCACCAUGGGCGAGAAGAUGACUGACGCAGAAGUGGAAGACAUGUUAAAGUCGGUCUAUAAGAGAAAACACUGCAACUUUGAAAGCAUCGAGUAUAGCGAUAUCAUCGAAGGUCUAGACGAGGCGAGCCUCUCGGAUACAUGAAGUGUUGUCAAUGAUGACGACAUAAUGUACAGCUCAUGCAUACAUUCCGCUCACGUGUCAAAUGUCUCCAGAGCACCUCAUAUAGCAAUAACCCUAUUGCAGUGGACAAUAGUAACCUAGCAACGUGUGUGAAUGCCGUGCAAAUUGACGCACCACCGUACUGUUACUACGCUUCAAAACGGCAUGUGAACGAGCAUAUAACAUUCCAUCAGCAAUAAUUUGAGGACAAGUUUAAUAAGCAUAUACUUAAUGUUGACAUUUGCCUUUUGUGAGUAUUAUUAACAUUUAUUACAGUUUGUGUCAGCUUACACUCAUAUCAACGCGCAUGAGCGGGUGUAAGGUAAUUAUACAUACAAUGGCCAUAUAGUACCAAUGUUAAAUGCACAAGCCGCCGUAAUGAAAUAUAUACAAAAUCUCUAAUAAAUAACUAAUCUAAAAUAGGUCUGAGAACGGUAUAUUGUGACAUAAAACAUAGUUUCGAGAUUUUUCAAUUUUCUAUUUUCACUAAACCAAUGAUAUUUUAGCUUAUCCAUUCUUUAACCUUAUUGUAAAUGCAUUUACAAACAUAGCCUUAAAAACCGAGAGAAGCUUACACGUUUGACCUACGGUAGGCGUAUUUAUAUUUCGAUUAUAGUUAUAUAAACUUACUUACAAUAUCAAAAUAUCCAAAGAAUCUCGCAUUUCGUUUCGCAAUGAACUAAACAUUCAGCAACAUAUUUGUGUAGAUCCACUCGAUAUAUGUACAUUCAGCUUCUUGUUUUCUUGUUUCUUAUAUUUGCAAGUACAAAUGACAAUAACACAUAAGUGUAUUCAUUAACCAUUCCUGAGUUUACAUUCUCUGACAUUUGUGUUUCAACUCAUCAAUGAUAAAUCUGUAUAUAGAUAUUUGUCAAUGAGUAUUUCAUUUAGAGUCAUAUUGACUGAUGUAUUUCAUAGAGUCAGUGACUGAUGUAUUUCAUUUCAUAUUAUA